GUGGGUUAUAUCGUUGCGGUGGGAGGGUUCACGAUCUGAGGAAACCAAUCGCAGAUCUGUGACAUAACAAAUUCCAACGAAGAUCCAUGGCCAUCUCCUUAGCUAAGCUUCUGAUCUCCGCCUUGGCGGUUUUCACGCUCGUCACCGCUUCGUUCGCGACCUCGGAAAUGCCGUUCAUGGUGGUUCACAAGAAAGUUACUCUCAACAGGCUCAAAUCCGGCGCCGAGCGCGUCCUCGUCUCCUUCGACAUCUACAACCAAGGAUCUGCGACGGCGUAUGAUGUGACUCUGGUUGAUAAAACCUGGAUUAAGAAAACUUUUGAUGUUGUUAAUGGAAACACUUCAAGAUCAUGGGAGAGACUUGAUGCAGGAGGUAUUCUGUCUCACUCUUUCGAACUUGAGGCUAAGGUUAAAGGGCCCUUCUAUGGUAAUCCUGCUGUCGUUACUUUCCGCAUCCCCACAAAGACUGCUCUUCAGCAAGCCUUCUCAAAUCCAAUACUACCUUUAAACAUUCUCGCAGACCUCCCUCCAACUGACCCGCUUGCCGUGGUAAACUUUUUUUUUAUAUUUUUAAGGACCCUUCUUUUCAUUCGUCUCUUUUUUUUCUUCUCAGUAUUGACUUUCGUUUUUUGUCUUUGGUUGUGCCUUGGAUGUUUCUUUUGAUGCUGCUAUAAUUAAAUAUCAGGCCAAGGUAACUAACUCAAUGUAGGAUUCUGGCGAAAUAUGGAUCACUUGUUUCAGUGAUAUCGAUGGUGGUUUUGUUCAUAUACUUGGUAGCAACGCCUUCAAAGUCCAAUUUAGCGAAGGCUGGCAGCAAGAAGAAGCGCUAAGUUAUUUGAAAUGAAGCUAAGAAGGGUUGUUACGGUGCUUUUUUUUUUGUGUUUAGCAGUUAAAACACAGUUUGAAAACUUGUAAGAAACGUAGAACACACUUUCACUUUGGUGUUUGCAGCGGACUAUGUUAAAGAGUUAUUUUGGUUUUGCGUCAUAACGUCUUUUUGACAGCGUUGA